AUGCCCAUAAGAGCUCUCGCGCUUUUACACUUAACGCCAACUCACAGUUGUAAAAACCUCGCAUUCUGGGAAAACUGCACAAGGGAAAAGAACAAGAAUAGAGAGCAUGGAGAGAGAGCACCAGGAGAAAAAGGCUCGAUCGGCUCGGAGAGGGUCCGUGGCCCGGGGAGUGGAGCAGGGCCCAGCUUAGUCGGGUCGGCAUUUUGGGCCCCACUAGCGGAAUGCGCUGGCGGGAUUGUGCCAUUGAUGUGA